CAGGAAUUACUGUAAUUAUAGAGAGAACCUGAAUAACAAUGGGGGACGACAGCGAGUGGAUGAAACUGCCCAUUGACCAGAAAUGUGAACACAAGCUGUGGAAAGCCAGGUUAAAUGGUUAUGAAGAAGCCCUUAAGCUCUUCCAGAAGAUCGAUGAUGAGAAGAGUCCCGAAUGGUCCAAGUAUCUUGGGCUGAUAAAAAAAUUUGUGACAGACUCCAAUGCAGUGGCUCAGUUGAAAGGACUGGAAGCAGCGCUCGCUUACAUUGAAAACGCUCAUGUAGCUGGGAAGACAACAGGAGAAGUAGCAUCUGGAGUUGUAAAUAAAGUGUUCAAUCAGCCAAAAGCCAGAGCAAAAGAGCUGGGUCUGGAUAUAUGUCUCAUGUAUAUAGAAAUUGAGAAAGGAGAGGCAGUACAAGAAGAAUUACUAAAGGGUCUGGACAACAAAAACCCAAAAAUCAUAGUAGCAUGUAUCGAGACACUGAGGAAAGCACUAAGUGAAUUUGGUUCAAAAAUAAUCUCGCUGAAGCCAAUCAUUAAGGUAUUGCCAAAACUUUUUGAGUCUCGGGAAAAGGCUGUUCGAGAUGAAGCCAAACUCCUUGCUGUGGAGAUCUACCGUUGGAUAAGGGAUGCUCUGAGACCUCCAUUGCAGAACAUAAACUCUGUUCAGCUAAAAGAACUGGAAGAAGAGUGGGUCAAAGUGUCAUCGGCUGCUCCUAAGCAGACCAGGUUCCUGCGUUCCCAACAGGAGCUGAAAGCAAAAUUUGAGCAGCAGCAGGCAGUUGGAGGAGAUGCAGAUGGAGGAGGUGAUGAUGAGGAAGAGGCGGUACCACAAGUAGAUGCAUAUGAGUUGCUUGAAGCUGUAGAAAUUCUUUCCAAGCUUCCCAAAGACUUUUAUGAGAAAAUAGAAGCAAAAAAGUGGCAAGAAAGGAAAGAAGCUCUAGAAGCUGUUGAACUGCUGGUGAAAAAUCCCAAAUUGGAAUCAGGAGACUAUGCAGACUUGGUGAAAGUUCUCAAAAAGGUUGUUGGAAAGGAUACAAAUGUUAUGUUAGUUGCUUUGGCUGCCAAAUGCCUUGCUGGGCUAGCUACUGGCCUCCGAAAGAAAUUUGGGCAGUAUGCAGGGCAUGUUGUUCCAACAAUCUUGGAGAAAUUUAAAGAGAAGAAGCCUCAGGUAGUGCAGGCACUGCAGGAGGCCAUUGAUGCAAUCUUUCUUACAACCACGUUGCAGAACAUAAGUGAAGAUGUUUUGGCAGUGAUGGACAACAAAAACCCAACAAUUAAGCAACAAACAUCACUUUUCAUUGCAAGAAGCUUCCGCCACUGCACACCUUCUACGCUGCCAAAAAGCCUGUUAAAACCGUUCUGUGCUGCACUUCUCAAGCAUAUCAAUGAUUCUGCUCCUGAAGUAAGAGAUGCUGGAUUUGAAGCAUUAGGCACUGCCUUGAAAGUGGCUGGAGAGAAAGCUGUGAAUCCUUUUCUGGCAGAUGUAGACAAACUAAAGCUUGAUCGGAUUAAAGAGUGUGCUGAGAAGGUAGAACUGGUUUAUGGUAAAAAGGCAGGAGGAGCUGCUGAGAAAAAAGAAGGCAAGCCUAUUAGUGGAAAGACCCCUGCUCUUUCAGGGACUGGUGGAGAUAAAGAAACAAAAGAUGCAGCAGCCAAGCCAGGACCACUGAAAAAAGCACCCCCUGUGAAGCCUGGGGGCCCACCCAAGAAAGGCAAACCAGCUGCAGCUGCAGGUAUGGGAGGUGCUGGAGCUAAAGGCAAGAAGGGUCCCGAGACCAAAGAAAUAUUUGAAGCGGAGCUCUCCAUAGAAGUGUGUGAAGAGAAAGCUGCUGCUGUCCUUCCAGCUUCUUGUAUCCAGCAGUUAGACAGUGGUAACUGGAAAGAGAGGCUUGCCUGCAUGGAGGAAUUUCAGAAGGCUGUUGAGCUUAUGGAGAGAAGUGAAAUGCCUUGCCAAGCUCUAGUAAGAAUGCUGGCCAAGAAACCUGGUUGGAAGGAAACAAAUUUUCAGGUGAUGCAGAUGAAGCUGCAUAUAGUUGCAUUGAUUGCACAGAAAGGAAACUUCUCCAAAACUUCAGCCCAGGUUGUGCUGGAUGGUCUUGUAGACAAGGUUGGUGAUGUGAAAUGCGGCAGUAAUGCGAAAGAAGCCAUGACAGCAAUAGCAGAGGCUUGUCAGUUGCCAUGGACUGCUGAGCAGGUUGUGGCUAUGGCUUUCUCUCAAAAGAAUCCAAAAAACCAGUCAGAAACUUUGAACUGGCUUUCAAAUGCAAUUAAGGAGUUUGGCUUUUCUGGACUGAAUGUCAAAGCAUUCAUCAGUAAUGUGAAGACAGCUCUUGCUGCUACUAACCCAGCUGUAAGGACUUCUGCCAUUACCUUGCUGGGAGUCAUGUAUCUUUAUGUGGGACCUCCUUUGCGAAUGUUUUUUGAGGAUGAGAAGCCAGCCCUUCUCUCCCAGAUAGAUGCAGAAUUUGAAAAGAUGCAAGGGCAGACGGCACCAGCCCCGACUCGUGGCAUUUCCAGGAACAGUGGUGGAGGUGGGGAUGAUGGCGAGGAAGAGGAACAGGAGGAAGCUGGGAAUGAUGUUGUGGAUCUCUUGCCAAGAACAGAUAUUGGUGAUAAGAUCACAGCCGAACUAGUGUCUAAGAUUGGGGACAAGAACUGGAAGAUCAGAAAGGAAGGUCUAGAUGAAGUGACAAGCAUAAUUAAUGAUGCAAAGUUCAUACAGCCUAACAUUGGAGAACUUCCAGCUGCUUUGAAGAGUCGUCUCAAUGACUCCAAUAAAAUCUUGGUGCAACAGACACUGAGCAUUCUUCAGCAGCUAGCAACAGCAAUGGGCCCCAAUAUCAAACAGCAUGUGAAAAAUUUGGGCGAGACCUUUGAACUGCAGGUAGAAACAGGACACUUGCAACUGACACGAAGCUUGUAUAAUGCCAGUGUCAAGCUUGUCAAAAUGCUGUGUCAAAGCUAUGACCACAGGAAAGAGCAAUUUGAAGCACUGAGGGAAGGAGGCUUGGGAGGAUGCCAAUGGCUUGUGCCAGAAGUCACAGGCAGUUAUCAGAGGUGGCAUACUUCAGAUGUCUUUGCUCUGACUAACAAUGUUCGUGCUGCUGCACUAGCAACUGUGAAUGCCUGGGCUGAACAAACUGGCAUGAAAGAGUGGUUGGAAGGCGAAGACCUGUCUGAGGAGCUCAAGAAAGAAAAUCCUUUCCUGAGACAAGAGCUUCUUGGUUGGUUGGCUGAGAAGUUGCCUACCCUCCGGUCUGUUCCUUCUGACCUGCUCUUGUGUGUGCCUCACCUGUACUCCUGCCUUGAAGAUCGAAACGGGGAUGUGCGUAAAAAAGCACAGGAUGCCCUGCCAUUCUUUAUGAUGCAUCUUGGCUUUGAGAAGAUGGCAAAAGCCACCAGCAAGCUGAAGACAACUUCUAAAGACCAGGUACUGGCCAUGCUUGAGAAAGCCAAAGCCAACAUGCCAGCCAAACCAGCUCCUCCUGCUAAAGCAUCUUCCAGAGUGGUAGGGGGAGCAGCUCCAGCCAAAUUCCAGCCUUCCUCAGCACUUUCUGAAGAUUCAGUGUCCAAUAGUAUGGAAUCCAAGCCUGAUCCCAAAAAAGCCAAAGCAGGAGGAGUCUCUUCUAAAGCUAAGGGUGUACAGGGGAAGAAAGUGCUAAGCAAGCCUAAUUUGAAGGAAGAUGAUGAUAAAUCAGGUCCUAUUUUUAUCGUAGUCCCAAAUGGGAAAGAACAGAGGAUGAAAGAUGAGAAAGGUUUGAAGGUGUUAAAGUGGAAUUUCACUACUCCCCGUGAUGAAUAUAUUGAACAGCUCAAAACACAAAUGUCUAGUUGUGUGGCCAAAUGGCUACAGGAUGAGAUGUUUCAUGCAGACUUUCAGCACCACAACAAAGCACUGGCUGUUAUGAUUGAGCACUUGGAGAGUGAAAAAGAUGGAGUCAUCAGCUGCCUGGAUCUGGUCUUAAAAUGGCUAACCCUGCGGUUCUUUGAUACCAACACAAGUGUUUUGAUGAAAGCACUUGAAUACCUUAAAUUGCUUUUCCAUUUGCUGAGUCAAGAAGAGUAUCACCUCACUGAAAACGAAGCAUCUUCUUUUAUCCCAUAUCUUAUCCUAAAGGUAGGAGAACCGAAAGAUGUCAUCCGCAAGGAUGUGCGUGCCAUUCUGAACAGGAUGUGUCUCAUCUAUCCAGCCAGCAAGAUGUUCACUUUCAUCAUGGAGGGGACAAAAUCCAAAAACUCAAAACAGCGUGCAGAAUGCCUGGAAGAACUUGGAUGUCUGGUUGAAUCAUAUGGCAUGAAUGUAUGCCAGCCAACUCCAGGGAAAGCCUUAAAAGAAAUGGCAACUCAUAUUGGUGAUAGGGACAACACUGUGCGCAAUGCUGCACUGAACACCAUUGUGACUGUCUAUAAUGUUUAUGGCGACCAAGUGUUCAAGCUGAUUGGAAAUCUUUCUGAGAAAGACAUGAGCAUGCUGGAGGAAAGAAUAAAACGGUCAGCCAAGAGACCGUCUGCUGCUCCAGUGAGACAGGCAGAGGAGAAACCUCAGCGCACCCAAAACAUCAGCACUACUGCUGGCAUGCUGCGGAAAGGACCAGCUGAGGACAUGUCCUCCAAACUCAACCAAACUCGCAACAUGGGCAGUCACUCUGAGACAACGCCUACAGUUCCACGGGAAUUUCAGCUGGAUCUUGAUGAAAUUGAAAAUGACAAUGGUACUGUCAGAUGUGAGAUGCCAGCACUUGUACAGCACAAACUAGAUGACAUCUUUGAGCCAGUCUUGAUUCCUGAGCCCAAAAUCCGUGCUGUGUCCCCGCACUUUGAUGACAUGCACAGUAACACAGCUUCUACUAUCAACUUUGUCAUUUCCCAAGUAGCCAGUGGUGAUAUAAAUACAAGCAUCCAGGCUCUGGCACAGAUUGAUGAGGUUCUCAGACAGGAAGACAAAGCAGAAGCUAUGUCUGGCCACAUUGACCAAUUCCUAAUAGCUACAUUGAUGCAACUUCGUCUAAUCUACAACACACACAUGGCAGAUGAGAAGCUUGACAAAGAUGAGAUAGUCAAACUUUACAGCUGUAUUAUUGGGAGCAUGAUCUCGCUAUUUCAGAUAGAGAGUCUGGCUCGAGAGGCCUCCACUGGUGUGCUGAAGGACCUAAUGCAUGGUCUUAUUACAUUAAUGCUGGAUUCUCGGGUUGAAGACCUUGAGGAGGGUGAGCAGGUCAUCCGAUCAGUCAACCUCUUGGUAGUGAAAGUUCUGGAAAAGUCUGACCAGACCAACAUCUUGAGUGCUCUGCUUCUUUUGCUCCAAGACAGUCUGCUAGCAACAGCCAGCUCUCCGAAGUUUUCAGAACUUGUCAUGAAG